UCUUCUGUCUGGUAAAUAUUGACAGAACACAUGAGUGCGUAAAUGAUAAACUCAUUUAUACAACUUGCGGUUGUUGCCAACACGUUUGUACCGGUUUCGACGGGAUUAUCGAUUUAAGCGUCACUGUUAUGCAAUACAUGUCGGCAUGAUCAGGGUUUUUGAGAAGGCUAAACAUGCGGAACUGUAUGCUGUUUAUAGACCUAAAUAUCCUAAUGCCGUUGUUGAAGAUAUUGCCAAAUACGUCAAGAUGGAAAAAGGUAUCGUACGUGGUGAUAAAAUAGACUUGAUGGUCGACGUCGGAUGUGGCACAGGACAUUCUACAAAUAUUUUUCAACCAUAUGUUCGGAAGAUAAUAGGCUUUGAUCCUAGCAAACGUCAGAUCGAGCAAGCGAUGAAGCGCAAGUUCCAUACUAAUAUUUCUUACAUGGUAUCCCAAGCGGAAGCAAUGCCCUUACGUAGCGAUUCUGUGGACUUAGUUUGCUCCGGUAUGUCUGCUCACUGGUUAGACUUUGAACUAUUUUAUCGCGAGUGUAGAAGAGUGCUUAAACCCACUGGUUGUCUUGCGUUAUACGGAUACUGCAGACCAGCACUGGCACAAAUAGGAAGUGAUCCAGAUCCACGUGUUACUCCAAUAUUAUCUGAGCUGCACUCCAAAUGUGUCUGGCACGAACGUAACAGCCACGUGCACGAUCGUUACUGUAAAAUAUUUGACAAAAUCUCCACAGAAAAUAAACACCGCAUUGAUAGCCACAAAAUACAACAAAGUAUUUGUUUGAAAGAUUUUUUGCAAUAUGUAUCAACGUGGUCUGGUUAUCAAAAACUUUUGGAUCAGAAAUCAUUGCCAGAAUUAGAUAUUCUAACCGACUUUGCUAAUAAUUUGAAAAAGCUUUGGGGCAUGGAACAAUUAUCAGAUAAUCAGGUUAAUAUACAAGUCACGUGGGAAGUAUUUGUAAUUCUUGCCGGACGACUGUGAUCAACAUUUUGGCAUUUUGUAAUAUCUUUAAUUUUAAUAUUUAAGCGAUUGAAUUGUGUGGUUCAUAAUGAUUAACUAUCCGAACAACUACAUAAUACUUUUUACACAAGCGUGACAUGUAGUUCAAUGCUGGAGGGCGAAAAGUAUAUUUUUAGAUUUAUUUAUGUUCUGAAAUAACGCAAAACUCGAAAAGGGGAUAAUAAUCAAAAAAAUGUUUUUGUUAUUGCAGUUUUGGGCUAAUUUUGAUUAUUUUGGCGAGCAGAAAUGCCUGCCACACAAAAUCCCUAAUACAUUCGUAAGAAGCUUCUGCACAAACGUAUCAACUGCUUUUAUAUUGUAUAUACUUAUCGUUGAACUGGGAUUGGUGUUGUGUCAUUUUUACCUUGGGUUUUGGUACACAUAAUAAUUUAUUUGUGAGAAUUUUCUUGCAG